AUGCUGAUAUGCGGCGGGUCACAUAACUCCUUCACUUAUGCUUUAAAGAGCAAGUGGCAUGUGGCGGUGGACCAGGGCAGGUGGAUUCGCAGAAUCGACUGUCCUUGGGUCCGAAAAACCAUUUGUCGUUGGGCUACUUGUCAGAAUAUAGACGUAAUGCGGCAGCUAAUGAUUGGCGUGCGUUUCUUCGAUGUUCGUGUCGCCAUACACCACCCUACUUCAAACAGUACUAUCAGCGAUGAUUUCUACGCCGUACAUGGUUUGUACGGGGAAAGGAUGAUUGAUGCGUUUCGUCAAAUCGUAUCCUUCCUCAAGGCGCACCCCGACGAGUUGGUGAUAUUGGACAUAAACCACUUCUAUAACUUUUCCAUCUCUGACCAUGCAAGAUUAUUGCACGUGAUUGCUUCGUCAUUUGACUCAAUGCUUUGCCCGUCGGGUAAUAAUUUGCAUCUUGAUGACGUCACGCUGGACAUGCUUCGUCAGAGUCAUAGGCAGGCAAUCGUGUUUUACCAGGCUGAGCAACGGACAGCGCUGGACACGCUAAACGUCACCUGGCCAAGACGGUUCAUCGUCAGCCCAUGGGCGAAUACAAACAGCUUGACGAAACUGUUCGCGUUCUUAGAACGAACGCUCGCGGUUCGUGACCAAUUGCUUCCAGAAGGUGGUGUUUUCGUGGUGCAGUCGAUUUUGACACCUCACGCUGUGGACGUCGUUUUGCACCUGCGCAGUAGUCUGCAGCAAAGGAUUGCCCUGAACACUACCGAACAGACGGUGAAGUGGCUGCGCGCUGGACAGAGGGAAUCAGUGUGGCCAUUCACUGCCGCUGUGGUUUUAGUCGACUUCGUCAAUUUUCCUGAUUUUUGCCGAACCGUGGUCAAUAUGAACCUCUUGUAG